AUGUCGGGAGACUACGAAGAUGACCUCUGCCGGCGGGCACUUAUCCUGGUCUCAGAACUCUGUGCGAGGGUCCGAGACGCGGACACCAAUGACAGGUGCCAGGAGUUCAACGACCUGCGGAUCCGAGGCUACCCCCGGGGUCCAGAUGCAGACAUCUCCGUCAGCCUGCUGUCGGUCAUCGUGACAUUCUGUGGCAUUGUCCUCCUGGGUGUCUCCCUUUUCGUGUCCUGGAAGCUAUGCUGGGUACCCUGGAGGGACAAGGGAGGCUCGGCCGUGGGCGGCGGCCCCCUGCGCAAAGACCUAGGCCCUGGGGUCGGGCUGGCAGGCCUGGUUGGAGGCGGCGGGCACCACUUGGGGACUGGCCUUGGUGGUCAUCCUCUGCUGGGCGGCCCACAUCAUCAUGCCCACACAGCCCACCAUCCACCCUUCGCUGAGCUGCUGGAGCCAGGCAGCCUGGGAGGCUCUGACCCCCCUGAACCUUCCUACUUGGACAUGGAUUCCUAUCCCGAGGCUGCUGCGGCUGCGGUGGCCGCUGGGGUCAAACCAAGCCAGACAUCCCCUGAGCUGCCCUCUGAGGCUGGGGCAGGCUCUGGACUACUCCUGUUGCCUCCCAGUGGUGGGGGCUUGCCCAGUGCCCAGUCUCAUCAGCAGGUCACCAGCCUGGCACCCAGGUACCCCGCUCUGCCCCGGCCCCUCACCCAGCAGACACUGACUCCGCAGCCAGAUCCGGGCAGUGAGGAGCGGCCUCCCGCCCUUCCCUUACCCCUGCCGGGCGGCGAAGAAAAAGCCAAACUCAUCGGGCAGAUCAAGCCGGAGCUGUACCAGGGCGCCGGGCCCGGCGGGCGCAGGGGCCCCGGAGCCCCGGGCUCGGGCGAGGCUGGGGCGCCUUGUGGUCGCAUCAGCUUCGCCCUGCGUUACCUCUACGGCUCCGACCAGCUGGUGGUGCGCAUCCUGCAGGCCUUGGACCUCCCGGCCAAGGAUUCCAACGGCUUCUCGGAUCCCUAUGUCAAGAUCUACCUGCUGCCUGAUCGCAAGAAAAAGUUUCAGACCAAGGUGCACAGAAAGACCUUGAACCCUGUGUUCAACGAGACCUUUCAGUUCUCAGUGCCCCUGGCCGAGCUAGCGCAGCGCAAACUCCACUUCAGCGUCUAUGACUUCGACCGCUUCUCGCGGCACGACCUCAUAGGCCAGGUGGUGCUGGACAACCUGCUGGAGCUGGCGGAGCAGCCCCCCGACCGCCCGCUCUGGAGGGAUAUAGUGGAGGGCGGCUCGGAAAAGGCAGAUCUUGGGGAGCUCAACUUCUCACUCUGCUACCUCCCCACGGCUGGACGCCUCACCGUGACCAUAAUCAAAGCUUCUAACCUCAAAGCGAUGGACCUCACCGGCUUCUCAGACCCCUACGUGAAAGCCUCUUUGAUCAGCGAGGGGCGACGUCUGAAAAAGCGGAAAACCUCCAUCAAGAAGAACACGCUGAACCCCACAUACAACGAGGCGCUCGUGUUCGACGUGGCCCCCGAGAGCGUGGAGAACGUGGGGCUCAGCAUCGCGGUGGUGGAUUACGACUGCAUCGGCCACAACGAGGUGAUCGGCGUGUGCCGCGUGGGACCUGAAGCCGCCGACCCCCAUGGCCGGGAGCAUUGGGCAGAGAUGCUGGCCAACCCCCGUAAGCCUGUGGAGCACUGGCAUCAGCUGGUGGAGGAAAAGACUUUGACCAGCUUCACAAAAGGCAGCAAAGGACUAUCGGAGAAAGAGAACUCAGAGUGA